AUGUUCACAGACAGUACUCCAGAGAGCAAUGCAAAAGAUCACUCUGUGAUGGAGAAUAGACACGAUCACAAGGAAAAAGCAGAUAAUGUGGGCAAGCAAACGUUGAACGGAAACAAAAAUAAUGACAAAUUAUUAGCAUCCUCGAUACAAGGAAAACUUCGGAAGGAAUCUCCAUUACCAGAUCAAACUUGCAUAUAUAGAGUCCCUCAUAAACUGUUUAGGCACAACGAAGAGGCUUUCGUCCCAAGUUUGGUUUCAAUCGGGCCGUAUCAUCAUGGAGAAAAGAAGUUGCAGGCCAUGGAAGAAAUGAAGCUAUGGUACUUGCAUGGCCUCAUCGAACGAAAACCAAAUCAGAACACCAGUUUGGAGAAGUUUGUGACAGAAAUUAGAAGUAUGGAACAAUUUUGUCGUGAUUGCUACGACGAAAAGUUUGAUCAUAUGAGCAGUGAUAUAUUUGUAGAAAUGAUGGUGGUUGAUGGUUGCUUUAUUAUUGAACUUUUCCGGAAAAACAGUAGGUUCUUGGACGACUGUCCAAUUUUGAAUACGGCAUGGAUGUUGUCGACAAUUACAAAUGACUUGUUGCUACUUGAAAACCAAAUUCCUUGGAAAGUGGCCGCCUGUUUGUUUGACCUCACAGGGGAAGAGAAUGAAAAUCUUCAUUACGUUGCUCUGCUUUUCUUUGGAAACGUAUUCGGCAAUUUCUCACAUCCAAAGGAACAUAUAUCAAGCGAAAGACAUUUCCUGGACAUUGCAAGAGGUGCUGCCCUUGGACAACCAUCCAGGGAAGAUAAUUGUUUUGGUCACUCGAUUCCGUCAGUGACAGAGCUUUUGGAAAUCGGAGUGGAUUUUAAAUGUCGUAUAGAAAUGAUGAAAUCUGAUCUGCUUGACAUUACCUUAGAAAAUGGGGUGAUGAGAAUCCCUUCAUUGUCAAUUGGAGACAAUGGAGAAUGUUUCUUAAGAAACCUCAUAGCCUAUGAACAGUGUGCCGCAAAUUACGCAGAUUGUUACGCUACCUCUUAUGCAAAGUUGUUCAGUUGCCUUAUUAAGUCUACCAAAGAUGCCGAGUUUCUGAUGGAGAAAGGAAUUAUGAAAACGCAGUUGAGCAAGGAGGACAUAGCCUGUUUCUUCACUAGGGUUUGCAAGGACAUUGAAAUUGAAGGCGACUCGUUGUACUUCGGUGACCUCGCCGGUUCUGUGGAAAUGUAUUGUGAGCGUCGCUGGCUAAGGAGUUGGCUCACAAUGAUCAAACGAGAUUAUUUAUACAAUCCAUCAUCAAUCUGGUCUGUUUCCAGUGGGGUCGUCGUUAUUCUCAUUCUUACCAUCACACAGACAAUUUAUACUGUUCUCUCCUACUACAAGUAA